AUGGCAGAAUCUGCACAGUUGGAAAUCGAACUCAAAUCCGUAUCGGCGGACGUCAUGGAGGCACUUCUCGAUUUUGUUUACACAGGCCAAGUCCGAGUUAGCAUGGAAAACGUGCAGGAGUUGCUUCCUGCCGCCAGUCUCGUCCAAAUGGAAGGCGUAAAAGCCGUUUGCUCUGCCUUUCUUUUCGGUCAAGUCGAAGCUUCUAACGUUCUUGGGAUUCGGCGAUUCGCUGAACUUCACAGCUGUACAGAUCUUGAGGUUUUCGCGAAGAACUAUGCUGCACAUAAUUUUGAAACAGUUGUUGAAUUUGAGGAGUUUCUUUUGAUGAACGCUGACGAACUCAUUGAACUCCUUAGGCGGGAGGAUUUGCAUAUCGAUAGUGAGGAGACCGCCUACAACGCUGUGAUCCGUUGGGUCUACUAUGAUGCACCAAACCGAUCUGUCCACCUCCCCAAUCUCUUAAACUACGUUCGUCUGGCAAUAAUGUCAGUCCGUUUCCUUACCGACGUCGUUGACAGCGAGCGCCUCAUUCGUCAGUCGUUGGAGUGUCGUGACCUCGUAGACGAGGCAAAGCGAUUUCACCUUCGACCUGACCUCCGCUCCCAGAUGCGCCAGCGCCGAUUUCACCAGCGUGAUGGUGGCGAUGAAUACUUGGUGGUCAUUGGUGGCUUCGGCUCCUAUCAAAGCCCCUCGGAUUCUGUUGAAAUGUUCAAUCCUCGUACCCGCGAGUGGAGCGAGUUGCCCAAUCUACCGAUCAGCUAUCGCUACGUAGCGGCCUGCUCGCUGGGCACUUGCGUCUACGUGAUUGGUGGUUUCGACGGAGGCGAGCGAUUGAAUACGGUGGGUCUGUUGGACGUCGCUCAGCGCGAGGACGGCUGGCGUUGGCUUGCGCCUAUGCACUACAAACGGGGGCUUUCAGCCGCCUGCACGCACAAAGGAUUAAUCUACGUGUGCGGCGGUUUCGAUGGGCAGACGCGCUUACGAGCUCUGGAGGUGUACCAUCCGAAAAUCGACGAGUGGCGUGUGCUCGAGGAGAUGACCACCGCUCGUGAGGGUGCUGGUCUGGUGGUCGCAGAUGACACGCUCUUCUGUCUUGGCGGUUACGAUGGGUUCCAACUGCUCAACAGUAUGGAGGCCUUCGACCUGCGUCGGGGUACUUGGAGUCAGUGCAAGCCGAUGUACAUGCGUCGCUCGGGUGCGGGCUGUGCAGUGAUUGUGGAUACGUUGUAUGUUUGUGGCGGCUACGGCGGUCCUGAGGGUAGGGGUCCUCUCCACCUUGAUACCGUGGAGGCCUAUAACACACGUCUAACCCAGUGGACUCUAGUGGCCAACAUGAAUGUUCCUCGCUGUUAUGUUGGCGCCUGCCAACUUGCUGGACGUGUCUACGUGGCUGCGGGCUACAACGGAAACCGCCUCCUCAAUACGGUGGAGUCCUUUGAUCCAAUCGACAACACUUGGACUCUGUACGAGGAGAGUCGAAUGCACAAUGAGCGUUGUGACACGGGCAUGUGUGUGGUUCGCUUUCUCUCCUGUGCAGAACCACCCACAGGUAGUGGAAGCUCUUUGACCACCUCCCUGCCUCAGCCUCGCACAAUGUCAUACACCCACCGAUCUCGUAGUGUUGUCGCCUCUGGCAAUGGCGACGGCAGUGUGCAAACCCAGGUCGUACAGAUUGUCACACCUCUAUUUCAAGGUCACACGACCCCAAGUGCACUAUCCACACCACUACCGCCUCCAUCACCACCACAAUCGCUGCGCCCCGCAGUAGGAAUAAGUCAUCGAGCCCAUGCCUUACCACUGCAAAACCUGCCCGAAUCUACCGGUGCACCGCCCAUACCCGGUCAGAGGGUAAUGCCAAUCCAGGAUGGCGCUCAUGAGCCCAUACUUGCUGGUGUGCACAUGAGUAACGUUGUUCGCACAGAGGAGUCCUUUGCAGAUGACGGGAGUGAUGAAGGCGCCGAUGUGGAUGAGGACGAAGAGCCCUCAGAACGAAAUGUUGCGCUGUCCACAGACCUCCUAAAUGAUGGAUUGGAAUCGCUGGCAGACCCUUCUGAAGUCACUUUUGGCCUGCCUACUGUUGGCAUUGGUGGCAACGGGGCAGGCACAUCAGACGUCGAGCUGGCCUUCCAGCAUCCUGAUGGUGCUUCAGCAGAAGAAGGUGGAGUGAGUUUAAUGCUGCUGCAACCACUACCAUCAGAAAUGGAUGGAGAGCAGAUGGGGGAAGAGGAGGUGGAGGAUGAAUUUGACGAGGAGGCCGCGUCUCAAUCACCACCACAACCUCUGAUCACUUCUCCUCCAGGACUCGGAUUGAUUCUGGAGGGCAUGGACGCCAACCUUCAGCAUCGCAUGGCCUUUCUUCGUGGCAGAGAGUCCUCGGAUUCUCAGGACUCCUUGCUGGCGGAAGAUAAUCGGUCUCGCGGGGCUUUGGACGAGUCGCGUGCACCCUUCAAUAUUAAUGGUGAAACUGACCCCCAGCGUCUGGGAAGACCACCAUCACCAUUGGCUGUGCCGUCGUCAUCCACAGACAGCCUAUUCUGGAUCCAUCGCCCCCAGCAGCGACACUCUGCAUCUUCCUUAUCCACAUCCUCCUCCUCUCACGCACCGAUGGCCGCGUGUAGCCAAUCUGGUGAUGGCAGUGUCGGUGGUAGUGUGGGGGGUGAGGACUCCCGCUCCGAUGGGGAGGGUGAGGAGGGGGAGAGUGAGACUAUGAUGAGCAGGAACCGGGUGGCCACAAUCGCUGCGGGCGUUGGAGAACCUCCUCGAACCACCGUGGACGCCUCCUCCCCUGUCAGCCCUUCCACGCCUACGCCGAAUGACCUGUUCUCGGGAGAUGAUGGUGGUGAUGGUGAUGCAUCAUGA